AGUAAAUCGGUUUAGACUUGUGAUCUGCUUGUUUGUUGAAUUGAACGAAAAGAAAAUGCGUUUCUUACUAUUGGUGGCUUUGCUUUCUACAUUCCUAGCAACGGUCUGGUGCAUCAAAUGCUACGAAUGUGAUUCCAUGACCCAACCACAGUGCAAUGAAUACUUUUCCCCUAAAGAGAUUGAGGAAAGCGAUUGCGGUGAGGAUGAUAUGCCGGAAUAUAUAAAGAAAUUAGGAAUACCUAUUGAGGCCACAGGUUGUCUGACCAAAAUACAUGAAGGAAUUGAAGGUCAGCGCUAUUUCAUUCGUCGUUCCUGCUAUUUUGGCAGUGUGGAUAACACAAAAGAGGCAUGCGAGAUGGAUGAUCCCUAUUUGCCUUAUGCUGAUUUGAUUGAUUGUCAAGUUUGCACCGAGGAUCUUUGCAACACAGAUGCAGGCCAGCAGAGUUUGCCCUCCUUUUAUACUAUUGCAGCUUUUGUGGUCGCCUUGAUUUUAUCACGCUUGUGGUAGAAACACAACAUUUUCUUAUUUCUUUACAAAAAAAAAUAAGUUUUAGUAAAAAGGUUUUCAAUAAAAGAAAUAAUUAAGUGUG